AUGUCUUCCGACGCCGACUACGCCGCUUUUCUCGACAAAGCAAAUCAGGACACUGGCUCUGCGGAGACCAAGGACGCGUCGCAGAAGAAGAGCUAUGGCACCAAGAGCGUGAACACGGCCGUACCCAAAGCGCUAGAACAAGUAGAAGAGUACUAUGUCAGCGACUCAGAUGAGCCGUUUGAACCGGUUGCGUUAGAGUUUGAUGGCGACAGCGUGUCUGCUGACGAUCUGAAGAAGCUCAUCGGAAGCGACUCGGUAGAAGAGGUCAAAGGCACCGGCUUCGAGAGCCAAUACAAAAAGAUCAUCGACGCGGUGAAGGCAGCCGGUAACGGGACCGUCAACGUAUACCGGGUGGAGCUGUCGGGCACCAGGGCAGAAUACUACGUGGUCGGCGUGGACAAGGCGGAAGGCAGGAUCGUGGGUCUCAAGGCUCUUGCCGUAGAGUCGUAA